AUGGCAGAGACAGCUAGCCUCGAUUUCAACAAUAUUCCGGGGUAUACCACGAUCGGGACCAUGUUCGGGACCGUAUUGUAUGGUAUUGAAGUCGCCCAAAUGUACUAUUAUACAUGCAACUACACCAAGGAUCCUAUAUGGCUGAAGAUACUGGUCUUGUACAUUUCAAUGCUCAGGAUAACUGAUACGUUCAAGGAAAUAAGCUGCAUCGUGAUCGAGCAGAUUGUGGAUUAUGUGGAAAGCGGGACAGUGCAAUGGUACGCAGAGGAAUUCUUCUGCAUCGCAUUGCCACUGACUUAUCUGCAAAGCUAUUAUAUCUACAUCAUCUGGACAAUAUACUUCAAUGCGUUUCUUGCUAUAUUGAACGCGCACCAUUAUAUAAACGAAGCUGGAGAGCCUGUCUCAAUACUUGUAUCCUCCUUCAUCGUGAGAUGGAGCCCAUCACCGCGUAGCGUCGACGCUUCCACGGGAGCGUCUCUGCCCCACUGCUCAAUGGAGAUGCCGACGAUGGUAUACGAACACAGAAGUAGCUAUACUGCCAAAGACAUGGGAUCAAUGCUAGAGUAUUUAGAAGAUGAGGAUAAGAUUAAGAUUGAGGCAAGGUGUCGACGUCCCCGCGAGCACUCCGCUAUGUCUGAGACCACUCGGCUCAAUUUCAACAAUUCCCUGGGAUUCUAUGGUAUCGCAGUUGCUCAGAUGUGCUACUACGUAAGCAAGUAUAUCAAAGAUCCUUUGUGGCUGAAACUGCUGGUACACUUCCUCCUCAAAGUUCUUGAAGCUAGUUCUGAUUCACAUGAGAACCUGGUACUAAACACGAAGCAGACGUUAUGGUUUAUCCUUGUGCGACACCACGCGGAUCUGGUAGCCCUAUUGGAGGUACCCACCUAUUACAUUUAUAUCAUCUGGAAAUUGGGUCCGCGCACAUGGUGGAACCGUUUGUGCUGCAUAUCUGCGAUGCUGCCGAAACAGGCAAUCAUGGCCGAAGCUACAUUGGGACACCUAUCUUCCCGCAUUUGCCCCACGCUAAUGGAGGUCUACUUCAAAAGCCAUCGCUAUGACGCGUCUGCGUCCGUGGACCUCUUUAGACUGACCAUUACGACCAACGUCAUCACGCUUGUGACCGACCUGUACAUCACGAUUUCCCUGUGCUUUGUGUUUCAGCGAGCGCGGAUUCCCACAGAGCGAUCUAUCCUCGAGAGCGAUGCGGCACGCUCGGAAGGCAUUCUUUCCAAGCUGGUUAAGUACACCGCUAAUCGAGGCCUCAUCUUUUGUUUGCAACAAGCAGUCAUGCUCGGGACAUAUAUAUGGGACUACAAAACAGGGGUACAGGUGACCGAGGUGUUCUCAUUCUCCCGGGGGGCAUGCUAUCUCAAUGCAUUUCUAGCAGUCCAGUCUCAAAUCUCGUGUUUCUCUUGGGCGGAUGGGACCGAGCCAGAACCCUGUGCGACAUUAGGGACCUCAGGCCAAACAGAACUCAAGAUCUCUGCCGUGGAGACACUCAAGCGACUCUGCAUGAACGGCGACGUGGGGGAUAGCAGCUGUCGAGUCGAGUCGGCCCGUGGCGUAAAGAGGUGGUCAUCUGGAGGAAGUGAUGCGAUGUUCCUUGAACCAUUUCGAAUAACUGCGGCAAUGAUCUUUCCUGUACGCGAGAUCUCCGAUGUGUGUCUAGUCACACUUGUAGCGGAUGGCAUAUCGCUGGAUGUAGAAUUGACGGCAGUGGGACGGGAAGACGUGGAAGGCAUAGAGAUCGGAGAUGAAAUGCUAGUCAUAGACGAGCUCCCCGAUGAGGAACUAGAACUGGUAACGCUGGUGGUGGAGCUGGUGCUCGACAAAAUCAACUGCGGCGGAGUCGAUGAUUCAUUCGGCAGUACCGAAUUUGUCGAGACGGAAAUGGGCGAGAUGGACGAGCGCGAAGUAGGAAGAUGCGUAGCCGAGAGCGUCCUGAGCGGUUGCAAACUAGAGGUGCUACUUGAAAUACUAGUGCUAUCUGACGUCGCAUUUUCCGAGGAGGCUGAACUUACAGAGGUCGUACUGGGCGUAGAAGAAGUAGCCGACGUAGAACUAGACGAAAUCAAAGCGAGGGAAAGUGACGAAGUGCUGUGUGCUGAACUUGUUUCAGACGUGGUCACUGCCGAUGUUGUAGACGGCCAGACUACCACUGUAGUCUUUGUGACAAUGACCGUCGUGACGGCAUCAAGUUCUUGGUUCUCCAGUGUGAGGCUCAUUGCGAGCGUUGCAUUGAGGCCCAGUUCGUCGCUAGCAUUCGCGAGUGUACCCAACAGGAGAGUCGCAUCACUGGAGGCACUCUCGGUCCUCCACAAUGAUUUUGGGCAGCUAUUGGACGAGUCGGCAGAAACGGUUCAUGAGCGUAUGACGAAGGAAACACAAGUAUCUCGCCUGGUCGUCGAGGGUUGGAGGGUAGGGAACGGUAGCCAGCUGCCGCUGGCAUGGAGCGAGAUGGAUGGAUGA